GCGAAACCACGCGAACUGCCGCUCGCUACCACGCGGUAACCACCGGCACCAUAAAUAAUACGAUACUUAUAUCGUUCGAAUAAAAACUUCUUUCAAAUAGGCUGUAAGCAUGUAAACCUUUGCCUAAAUUUUUUAAGUCACUGCAUCUGUCAUUGAAGGCGGGAAAAUAUAAAAAAAGAUGGCGGAUUUUUUAGACAAUUGUUAUUUUUAAAGUUUUUUGUUUUAUAUAAAAUGUGAAGCUUUUUUAUUUGUUAGUUCGUGUGUUUAUGUAAAUAUGGUGAUGUACUGGAGGAAAGUGAUUUUGGCGGCUGCCUUGUCGUCUAUUUUGGAUGUCAGCAGUGAACAAUUUGGAAAUGACGAUCACUCGAAGCAGCUACUAGAGCACCUGACUGAAUCAGAAAAAAUAUUCCUAUUUGGUGCCAACCCUAGCGAAGCACAAUUCGAAGUAGCACAUCUCAAGCAGCCAAAACGUCGUAAACGCUCACUACUAUACGACAACCAGGAUCUAGUCGGGCUGAAAAAGCACCUGGACAUCAAAUUAAGUCCCAGGAACAGUUUCCUGGACCCUCAGUUCCUGUUGAUGAAGAGGUGGUCCAAUAACACAGAAGUGGUGUUGGAUCAGCAUGCUGAUGAAGAAGUGGACUUGUGUUAUUAUAAGGGAGAUAAUGCAGCGUUGUAUGUUUGUGAUGAUGUGAGAGGAUUAGUGAGAUCCAACGACACUUACUACUUCAUACAUCCACUGCCAGACAGAUUUCACGAUGACCACGCGAAAGCACACGUGAUCGUGAAAAAACAAAUGAAUGAAAACAAAGAUCAAGACGACUCAUGUAUAGAAAGAGAUAAUAUAAUCGAUGACCCACAACCAGCAACCACAUGGAAAAAACACAGAAGAAAACGAGAAGCCCCAAGCAAUGUAAAUAAUAAUUUAGAAGGCUUCAAAGUAAAUUUAGCACAUAGAAAUAAAACUAUUACAGAUUUUAUACAAAAACUAUCGAAUGGUGCGCCAAGGCAACGAAGGGCGAUACUGCCAGCUGUUUUUGUGGAAACAGCAGUAUUUGUAGAUAGAGACUUAUACAAACACAUGACAAUAAAUUUCCCGAAAGACACAGAAAGGGAAUUAGUGAGAUUCGUGCUAGCCAUGAUAAAUGCAGUACAAUUGAUCUACCACGAUCCUUCAUUGGGUAGACCAGUGAAUUUCAUAUUGAAAAGACUGGAGAUUCUACACGAAGACCCAGCUAAUUUGAAAAGACCGCAUGAUAUAGACAGGUUUCUUAGUAACUUUUGCACUUGGCAAAGACUAGAGAAUCCUCCUGGAGAUAAUGAUCCGUUACAUUGGGAUCAUGCGCUGAUACUGACUGGAUUAGACCUGUAUGUUGUUAACAAGAAUGGUAAAGUUAGCAGUCAAGUUGUGGGAUUGGCCCCAGUAGCUGGAAUGUGCACUGUCACUAGCAGUUGUACCGUCAACGAAGGACGACACUUUGAAAGUGUCUACGUUGUUGCACAUGAAAUUGGACACAAUCUUGGUAUGCGUCACGAUGGACCGCUGGCCGACAACGGCUGUGACCCGAGCGCGUACAUCAUGAGCCCUACGCUUGGUAGUGGUAAGAUCACCUGGUCGCAAUGCAGCAAGAACUAUCUUCAGAAGUUUUUAGACACAGUACAAUCGCGAUGUCUCCUAGACCACGGAAACUCAGCCGGCCAGUUGGAUCACAGCGCUGAAGGAAUUCUACCUGGGGAAAGAUUUGACGCCGACCAACAAUGUAUGCUAAAGUAUGGACGAGGCAGCAGACAUUCGGGAGCUCAGAGCCUGGAAGAUAUUUGUAGGGACCUUCACUGUCAACGUGAGAGGUAUACCUGGACUUCGCAUCCAGCUCUAGAAGGAACACGGUGUGGCGAGGACAUGUACUGCAGAGGAGGGGAAUGCGUGGAACGUGAAGGGUCUACAGUAGUCAGAGGAGCUUGGGGUCGCUGGUCUGGCUGGUCGGAGUGUGCGUCAGCCUGCCUCGUGGAUGACACGCAUGCACCGGCUGCUGCAGGAGUCGCUGUUGCUACUCGACGAUGCAAUAGAGCAAGACAUGAAAAUGGAAAAAAUCACUGCGUAGGACACGACAAGAAGUACCAAUCGUGUCAUGCUCAGCAGUGCAGUAAUGUACCGAGAAUGACAGUGCGGGAGUUCGCCGACCAAAUCUGUCUGAGGGCCCGUGAUGUUGAUCCGGACCUCAUUGGAACUGGACUGCAGAGAAUCGAUUCUGAUGAUGUGAGCAGUGCAUGUGCAGUUUGGUGUGAUACUCGUGGCGGGGGCUAUAAGUCCCGUGGUUGGAGUCUACCAGAUGGUACAGCCUGCUCUAAUGUCUCACCUAUGUUUUGCAUCAGUGGUAUUUGUCAAAAAUUCACAUGCUCAUCGAACCCGGACACAGAGUUUUCGUUGAAGCCAAGUGACUGCGAAUGGGAAGCAUUGAGAACAGCCACGCCACCAACGACAUCGACCAAGACAUCAGGCACAUGGCGUCGUGCAGUAGGUGGACAGUGGCGUCCAGCCUCAGGCUGCCACUACCACUGCAUCUCGCCAGGUGCCGGAGUCAGGCUCGUCACUACCACCACCAGGGACCGACCUUUGACUAGCAUACAGUUAUGUUCUCCUGAUAGUAGACCUGAUUCUGGGUGUACCCAAAGAAAAUCACCCUACCAAUAUGCAACUAUGGUAUGUACCAAGUACAAGGACAGAGUGAGGAGGCUAUCCGGAUUGGGCAUGCAAAUAUCACCAGCUUUGGAGGAUCCGGACCGUCCGUGUCGCAUAGCGUGCCAGGACGAACGCGUCUCCCAUCGGUUCUACCUAGUCAAUGGACAUGAGGGAUGGUUCCCGCUGGGAACGUCGUGUGGGAAGAGAAAUGCUUCCUACUGCGUUAGUGGAAAAUGCUUGGAAUUCGGUCCAGACAACACCCCGGUGUCGGAGAUGGUGUUCACGCUGCCCCUGCUCGGCCGCGGCGCCAACGUCAGCGUCUCCUGGCGCACCUCGCGCUCUACCGGGCCCCCGCCCGCCCCGCGCUCCGGGCGACACCGCCGCAGUCUGCGCCCGCAGCGGGGCACUGUCAAGGCUAGCCUCGACCAGACUCACCUCGACGACAUUAUUGCUAGACUUAAUUUGACACACAACCUGAACGACCACAUAACCUACUUCGACACUAUACCGGAGCACAUCGAGCUGGACUUCAACAACCCGAUACACAUCGCGCCAGAAGACACACUGCUUAGGAAGAAACCUAGACCAACGUGGGACUGAACUUAAAAGAACUUCUUAUAAGACCAAUUUAGAGCCUAUACGUAAUAAAUGUCGCCUUUAAAACUACAAUGGCGCCUUUAAGACUACAAAGGUGUCUUUAAAGCUACAAUGGCGCCUUUAAAACUGCAAUGGCGCCUUUAAGACUACAACGGUGUCUUUAAAGCUACAAUGGCGCCUUUAAAGCUACAAUGUCGCCUUUAAAACUGCAAUGGCGCCUUUAAGACUACAACGGUGUCUUUAAAGCUACAAUGGCGCCUUUAAAGCUACAAUGGCGCCUUUAAAACUACAAUGGCGCCUUUAAAACAACAAUGGCGCCUUUAAAACUACAAUGGCGCCUUUAAAACUACAAUGGCGCGUUUAAAACUAAAAUGGCGCCUUUUUGAGAAGAACUAAACAUAAAUAAUUACAUUCUAUGACAAUACCAAUUAGAGUGGAAAUGCAAAGACUAAACUAGCCUUAUAAAGACAAAUUUGUGUUUCUUCUAUAAGGUUUGUUCUAUAUACAAUUAUUUAUUAAUGUUUUGUGUACAUUAUUGUCUGUUGUAUAGACUUUUUAAAAGAACAACUUUUUCUAGAAAGACCUGAAUUAAGCCAAAUAAAAUAUAGAAACUUGAAGUUUUCUUAUCGAAGGCAUUAUUUUCCAGUACUAUGAAAGAACAAAAUUUGUACAAAUAUACCUGUACAAAGUACAUGAAUUUGUAUAAUUGCAAUUUUACUCUUUGCGCAUUCAACGCUUUACUUAUUAGACCAGUUCGCGAUUGACCGUACAAGUGUGCACACAAGUCAUUUUAAUAUCAAGUAUUGUUUUAAUAAAUUUCUAUAUUUCAACAAGUUUUAUUUAUCAAGAU